CAAAGGUUUCAUUUCCAGCUUCAACUCAUCUACAAUCUAUAAGUACCUGUCUGUUGUCUCCCUCCUGUACCGGAUUUCAUUCAAGCUGCGAACAACAAUAACAAGCAUUCCAUUCGAAUUGUCUGUCUAUACCUUCUGAAGAAAGUUCAUACAUACAUACAUACAUUCACCAUGUCGAAGAACCCUACCGCUCUCUACCUCGGCAUUGCUGCCCUCGGCGCCGGUGGCUAUUACAUGUACCGCGCUGGAGGCGAUCCCAAGGUUGCGAAGGAGGAGAUGAGACAUGACGCCCAUCUCGCCCGUCUCAAGGCACCCACAGGCGAUCAAGCCGAGAAGGCAGGUGAAAAGGCAGCGUAUGAGGCACGGUUGAAUGUUGAUGAGGCGAUCGAUACCGCCAGCAAAGACGCCAAAGAUAGCAUGAACCGUCUGGAGAAAAUUGGUCGCGACAAGACGGCUGAGUUGCGCUCCGGGGCUGAGAAGUUGGAGGGUAAGGUUGAGGAGAAGGCAGCGGAGGCGAAGGGGGCCGUGUCGGGGUGGUUUGGAGGGAAGAAAUAAUCUUGAAGCCUCUUGGAAGUGAUUUUAUAUGAUUGAUGGUGAGGAGGUGUAGGAAGGGUGGUUGAUUGGAAAACGAGGCUUAGCUGGGCUGGGCUUUAUGAUGUUGAUGCCUUCUUAAUAUGCAUCGUUUUUAUAAUUAUUCUGAUGAUAAGAAUGACGAGUUGCGUCUUGUCUGGAUAUGUUGUUCAUGUACUUAACUACGUGUAUCUGGGUUAAGGUGAUGGUGU